UUUAUACUAAUUUGUGUUCUAAAAAUUAUAUUAAGGAUAAAGCAAUUUCAACACAAAUCCAUUUGAUCCGUUUUUUAUUCGUUUUGGGAUGCGUGUCCGCACGUCCGUGUUUGCUUUUUCAUUUAGGAAUGCAGAUGCAUCCAACAUCCAACAGGGACGGAUGCAUUUUUUGAUAUGUCCGUCCGACAUUCAGUCGAACAUCUGGUGGGCGAACUCCCGCAGCGCCACCUCGCAGCUCCGACAACCUCGCCUUCGCCCCGCCCUGUAGCUGCCUGCGCUCAACUCGCUCGAGCCAUUGCGCCCACGCCGCGCCACCGUCUGCAUCAACGCUGUCGCGCCCCCGCCAGGCGCCGUGAGGCCCUUCGCGGGCGUGCUCUCCAUGGAGGCCCUGAAGCGCGACAUCAGGACCUCGCCUGGCGCGAGUGCCCCGUCGUCUCCGUCCUCUCCAUCCACGUCGGAUAGGCCGCCUCCUCCCUCGUACCACUGACCACCACCUGCCCGGGCUCCGUCGUCGUCGUCUAGUGCGCCUCCUUCCCAGAGCGUUCCCGCCCCAAGCUCCUGCGUCGCUCGCCCCUGCUCUACGCCCGCUCAUGUUGUGCCCCGCGUCGCGCGCUCGCCCCUGCUCUGCGCCCACCCGUGGUCCGGCCCGCGUCGCGUGCUCGCCCUGCUCUGCGCCAGCCCGUGCUCCGGCCCUCUCCAUGCUCCGCGCCCGUGCUCCGUCCCAGCCGGUGCUCCGCCUCCCCUGUUCCGCGCCCGUGCUCCGCCCCUGCCGAUGCUCCGCGUCCCCUGCUCCGCGUUCAUGCUCCGCCCCCUGCCCGGUGCUCCACGUCCCCUGCAUCACAGAGGAAGGAGCUGGUGGAGGUGGGCACGGGCGCAUGCAAGACCGGCGGCUUGCGGAGCUACGGCGGUUGCGGCUGCUAAUGUGCCGGUGAGCAGCAGCGAGGACGAGGCGACGGGGACAUGCAGCGGGCGAGGGCGCGUGCAGGACCGGCGCGGGGGGGGGGGGGGUGCUGCUUCUCCCCGCCCAGUCACUGAUGGGUGAGACCAGGGCGUACACGAGCGGAAGGAGACGACGGGAGCGUUCAUUUUUAUCCAUUGCAGACCCACUUGUGACUCAUAUUUGGGUUCAGUUUGGGUCAAAAACGGACAUUAGGCGGACACGUUGUUCAUUUGGGUCGCCCCGUUUGGCAAAGUUUUAUAUCCAAAUAACUCAAACGUAUUUUAGUA